AAGCACAAGGGUUAUAUACAGCUGCCUUACAGGUGCCAGUCCCAGUCCCUCUUAGGAACACUGAUCACACAAUGGAUUUGGGGCUCUCUGUCGCUACGUACUUUGUGCUGAUAUUAGUGCUGUUAUAUAUUCUGCACCGGUGGAAUAAAACAAGCUCAGCAAACUUUCCUCCAGGACCGAAAUGUUGGCCGCUGAUUGGGAACUUACAUAUCAUGGAUUUAAACAGACCGCACAAGACGUACUUAGAGCUGGCAAAGACCUACGGCUCAGUGUUUAGCGUUCAGAUGGGCAUGAAAAAGAUGGUGGUCCUAGCCGGAUACGAGGCCGUAAAAGACGCUCUCAUCAAUCAUGCUGAAGAGUUUGGAGAAAGGGGGAUAGUUAAAAUGUUGAAGGACAUGGACAAGGAAAAGGGACUUAUUUCGUCAAAUGGUGAAAACUGGAAAGUAAUGAGAAGAUUUACAAUAACCACAUUACGUGACUUCGGGAUGGGGAAAAGUACGAUUGAAGAUAAGAUUGCAGAAGAAAGUGUCCACCUAACUAAUCAUAUUGCUUCUUUUAAAGGAAAGCAAUUUGAUGACCUAAUGAUCUUGAACGCUGCUGUGGCCAAUAUCAUUGUGGCGAUAUUACUGGGACAUCGCAUGAGCUACGAAGACCCACAAUUUAAGAGACUAUUAAGCCUGACAAAUGAGAAUGUGCGACUUUUAGGAGCUCCGAUGGUUUCGCUAUAUAAUGUUUACCCAAUCCUGGGAUUCCUCCCCGGCAGUCACAAAACUAUUAGAAAAAAUGUGGUGGAGCUGCUGGAAUUUAUAACACAGACGUUUGUGAAGCAUCUAAAAAACUUAGAUGAGAAUGAUCAGAGAAGUUUCAUUGAUGCAUUCCUCGUACGACAAAAAGAGGAUGCAGAGAACUCUCAGACAUAUUUCCACAAUGAUAAUCUAAGAGUAUUGGUGAGAAACCUGUUUACUGCAGGAAUGGAGACAACAUCUACAACACUGUCCUGGGGUCUUCUGCUGAUGGUAAAAUAUCCAAAAAUCCAAGAAAAGGUCCAAGAAGAGAUCUCCAGAGUGGUUGGAUCCGCACAACCUUUGUACAGCCACCGGGGGCAGAUGCCUUUUACCUACGCAGUCGUACAUGAGAUCCAGAGGUUUUCUGACAUAAUCCCGCUUGGUGUGAUCCAUGAGACAUCUAGAGAUGUGACCUUUAAGGGAUAUUUUAUUCCAAAAGGAACCUUCAUAAUCCCACUACUCACAUCUGUGCUGAAAGACAAGACCCAAUUUGAGAAACCUGAUGAGUUUUACCCAAAUCAUUUUCUUGACGCCAAAGGAAAUUUUAUCAAGAAAGAUGCGUUUCUGCCAUUCUCUGCAGGUCGCAGAGUCUGUGCUGGAGAGAAUCUCGCAAGGAUGGAGCUCUUCAUCUUCUUUACAAGCCUGUUACAGAAAUUCACAUUCUGCUUGCCCCCUGGCAUUGGUCAUGUUAACAUGACCCCUGGAGUUGGAAUUACAAGUACACCAAUGAAGCAGAUGAUAUGCGCUGUGCCUCGCUUCUGAAAUCCAUUACAUGUGCACCAAACACUAAAGGUCCAUACACACUUAACGAUAUAAUGAGCGACGUCGCUCAUUUUCCCCCUCCUUGAGCGACGUCGCUCAUUAUAUCAUUAAGUGUGUAUGCCGCCAGCGAC